CCGCAUUGAGGGGGAUGUAGCGCUUCUGCUCGGGCAGAUGGGACCUCAAGAUUGACCGUGACUCACCGCAGCGCGCGACACGGAACGGCGAGAACCGGGACAGCGCGGUUCUGCUCAUCCGCCCUUUGAUCCGGACCGAACACGGGAGGCGGGUAUGCGCGUGUCUCAGCCCGCGGUCCGGAUCUGAUCGAAAGAAGAAAAGCAGUCUGCUGAAUGCUUUUAGUUCAGGACCACAUGGACAUAAAAUGUGUGCUACCAUCACUUAAAGAAGAUCUCUUUACCUGGCUGUAAACUGAGAUUCAAUCCAGGAUGACUUUACUCAGCAUUUUAAAGACUGAGCUUCUUUAUGCCAAAUCAUUUAGCAUCUAUGGAUAUAAGUGAAGAACAAUGCCUCAGGAUCCCAAACUGGAAUUUAUAAGAGUUUACAGAGACUUGUGCAACGAUGCUUUACUCUCACCAUGCCAAGAAACACCUCAGUAUAUCUCAGUAUAAGUAUAAUGCAUGAACAAAUAGUUCAUACACUACUAUGAGUAUGUGAAUUACAUAUAUAUAUAUAUAUAUAUAAUUUUUUUUCAUUGAUUUGCUAGUUUAAUGCAGAACAUAAUUUUAAUUAUUUAUGUAAUUUAUUCAAGGAGAAACAGGUUAGAGGUGUAGGAAAUGAUUAGAUCACAAUAUUAAAAGAUUUAAAGCUUAAAUUUGAUAUUUAAAUUUGUUAGUCACAUGUGAGAGGGAAAUCACGCCACGCUGUUUCAACCGAAGUAUAAAAGCUAUAAAAGACUGCCUGCUUCUCCACUUUACCACCUGCAUUCUGGCGCUGUCGGAUCUUCCCCUCCCGUUUUCGGGAUGAGCCACAAAUCCGAUUCGGAGGCGGAGGCCUCCUCGCGAGCUCCCGUGGUCUACACGGUGGAGGAGCUGGAGUGUAAGAUCUGCUACAACCGCUAUGACACACGCACUCGGAAGCCCAAGGUGCUCAGCUGCCUGCACCGCGUCUGCGCCAAAUGCCUGAAAAAGAUGGUGGAGUUGGAUGCGUCGCCCAGCAUCGUCAGCUGCCCCUUCUGCCGCCAUGAGACACACGUGCCAGAUGAGGAGAUCUGGCUCCUACAGGACGACAGCAACAUCCUGGCCAUCCUUACUUACCAGGACCGGGCGAGGAAGAGCGGCUCGGUGCCAGCAGGCGAAGUUCUCCUCACACCUAACAGCCUGAGCGGAAACGGUAGGAGCGGUGGAGAACAGGCCCACAGCUCCUCCGACUGCUUGGUCAUCACCAUCAUGGAGGUUCCGGGAGAGUCGCAGUCGUCUGACUCCAUGAGCAUGCUGAACAUGGUCCGUCUGUACCGGCCAGCCAGCCUGGACUCACUACCCUGCCACCUCCCGGUGCAGAAGUGCAGAGCGUGGACCACACGUACAGUUCCUCGCUUCCUCAUGGGCUUCCUGUGUCUGGUGUACUUCAGCUCGCUUCCGCUGGGCAUCUACCUGCUGAUGAUCCAACAGCUAACCCUGGGCGUGAUCCUGGUCAGCCUGGUACCGUCCACCCUGGUCCUCUGCGUCUUCUAUGGCUUCUGCCAGUGCCUGUGCCAUGAGAUAAUGGAGGCUAUAGGCACAUAGCCUUUAUAUAGCUUCCAUGCAUUUUUUUCUCCGUGCAGAUCUCCAGACAUUUUUAUGCACUACACUUAGCAAGACCUGUAAAGUAUGAGGCCAAAAUCAAUCACAGAUCUACAGUAGUAUCUGUUACUUAAACACCUAGACCCCUAAAUCCCGACCGACUGCUCACUGCUCACUGUUGCACCAGAAUAUACCAGCAUUUAAUUAAUUAUAAACUGUGAACUCCUUACAAUCCAGUCCUCUCCUUACAACUUCGUAUGCAGGGCAGUCCACACUUGACUCGAGCCGUUAAAAGACUCGCAGAUUGUAUGUACCAUUGAGCUUAGGUCUCCUCAGCUUGCUGGCGUUUUUUUAUGUAUCCGUUAGCUCGGUCAGUGGGCCUUCAAACAUGACUGUGAACAUGACUUUCCUUUUAUGUGCCACUAAUAAGAGAAUGAGAUCCUAUCAUACCUACCUAACAUGGAAACUAUGGGCUUUCUUCUAUAACAGCAGGCGAAAAUUGUCUAAAAUCUGUCUAAAAUCUACAUUUGGUUAAUUUUGUGUUAUGAACAAAAAAAAAAAAAACAUUUGUUGUAUAACUUGAUAAAAAACAUAGUCUCCAUGUGUUUGUCAAAAGUUUCUAGUCCAUCUCCUCUAUCCCUCAAACUCAAGUAUUUUAAUGUUGUACAUAUAUAAACGAUGUGUUUGUUAUUGCUAUAUGAGAAUGAACAAAUAUCUUUUAACCGCCUAAACUGUUAUUAGGUAUUCAAUAAAGGCUCAAAACUACACCAACUGGAUACCACUUGACGAGGAACUAGAAGACUGGAAGAAUGUUCAGAUAUAGAUUUAAGCAGAAAUUUUAACCCUCUAUGGCAACAGACCACACAAUUUUGGUUAUUACACCAUACCAUACUGUACAUUAUUUCUUAUGUAUUUAUUUGUUAAUUUACAUUUAAUAUAAUGUUACAAGGCAUAUGUACAGUUUUGUCAUACUGAUAUUUUUCUGAUUAUCAAACUUUAAUAUCAGACAAAGAUAACUAAUUAUAUAAAUAAUUAGAUAACAUAGAUAAUUUAAUUUGUUAAAGGAAAAAAAUGUCUAACCCUGUGUGAAAAAGUGUUUGCCCACUAAACUUAAUAAAUUGGUGUCAACAACUGCAAUCAAGCUUUACUGAUUCCUGCCACGAGUCUUUCACACCUCUUUAGAGGAAUUUUGCUCCACUUUUUUCUAUAUAUUAUAUCUAUAUGUCUUAAUUCAGCAACAUUUAAGUUUUUUUUUUUUUUUUUUUAGCCUGGACAUCCUGUUUAGGGCCACUCCAAAACCUUUAGAGGUGGACUUGUUUGUGUGCUUUGGGUCAUUGUCCUGUUGCAGAACCCAAGUAUGCCUAAGCUUGAGUCACAAACAGAUGGCUGGACAUGGUCCUUCAGGACUGUCUGGUAAACAGCUGAAUUCUUGAAUAAAUCUUCAAUUUAUUACAGCAUGUUAUCCAGCAGCCCCAGACCAUCACACUACCACCACCAUGUUUUACGUUCAGCAUGAUGUUCUUUUUCUUAAAUUAUUUGUUAUUUUUACGCCAGAUUUAACAGGAAACACACCUUCCAAAAAUAUCCACCAAUAUCCAUCCAGUUUGUUCAAAAUCCUGGGAAUCUUCAAGAUGUUCUGUUUUGUGUUUUUUUUUUUUAUCUUGGAAUUCUCCCAUGGAGACCAUUUUCAUUUUCUUUCUCUUUCUUUCUUAUUGAAUCAUUAACACUGAACUUAACUGAGGCUAGUGAGACCUGCAGUCUUUAAAUGUUGUUCUUGGCUCUUUUUUGACCUCCUGGAUGAGUUGUUCAUGCCCUUUUGGAGUAAUUUCAGUAGGAUGGGAAGGUUUCCUGGGAAGGUUCGCCAGUGUUCCAUGUUUUCUCCAUUAGUGAAUAAUAGCUCUCGCUGUGGUUCACUCAAUGACUUUGUGUGAUUUAUGUGGGGGGCAAACACUUUUUCAAAAAGGGCCAGAUUUAUAUGGAUAUUUCUUUUCCCUUAAUAAAUUACAUCAUCAUUUAAAAAGAGAUUUUUAUAUUUGUUUAGGUUAUAUUUGUCUGAAAUUAAAGUAUGACAAAAAUACAAAAAAAA